GAUUGAUCCAAAAUGAAAGUUGUGUGAGAUAUUCAUCGUUUUGUAAACAACUGUAGCGAGCGAGCCGAAGCGAAAGGCAUACACUGCGACUCAGACCAGUGCCAGUGGAUGGAUCGACUUACAAAAUAAAAAGACAAACUCAACUGAUUUGCUUGAUGCGUCCUACUCGUACCUUGCCCAAGUCCACUAGAUAUCCUCUUUCGAUCCCUGCUGUCUUCAAUUCUCGUUCAGCUCCACUUUCUACUGCUUCAACUCAACCCGAUCCAUCCUUCCCACCACCCCCGCCACCCAAAUCUUCAAACACGUUUUUUUAUGGCGGCGCUAUCGGAAUCACAGCUCUCGGAUUAGCUUACUAUGCCUACGCCAAGGACUCUGACUCUCAAGCUGAAGUUCAGUCCCGUUACACGGCUGUCAAAUCUGCGAAUAAGAACCUCGAUUAUCAAGCUAUCUACAACGAUAUUGCCGAAGUACUUGACAAUAAUGAUUAUGACGAUGGUUCUUACGCUCCAGUCCUUGUUCGACUCGCUUGGCAUGCAUCUGGAACCUACGACAAGGAGUCCAAGACUGGUGGUAGUAAUGGAGCUACUAUGCGCUUUGCUCCCGAGAGUGGCCAUGGCGCGAAUGCAGGUCUGGGCGCUGCGCGAGAUCUGCUUGAACCGAUUUACAAGAAGUAUGCCGCCAAAGGGCUCACUUAUUCAGAUCUUUGGACCCUCGCCGGUGUUGUAGCAAUCCAAGAAAUUGGUGGACCAAAGAUCUUAUGGCGUCCAGGACGUCAAGAUGGCGUUGGACCUCAGAAUUGUACACCCGAUGGGCGUUUGCCUGAUGGUGACAAAGAUCAAGAUCACAUCCGUAAGAUAUUCUAUCGGAUGGGCUUCAAUGACCAGGUGAACAAUCGACAUAGUCCUCUGCACGAAGACCAUGACACCAACAUAACCAGAACGUCUCAAACUGACCUCUUUGUGAUUGUUGAUCCGCAACUAAAGGAAUCUCGCGCUCUCUGGACGACUCAAUAUGAGGAUAUCGAAACAAAAAGUUUGAUGAUGUUGACAACAGAUAUGAGCUUGGUGAUGGAUAAGAGUUUCGCGCUUGGGCUAAAAAAUGAACAGGCAUUCUUUCACGACUUCAGUCGUGCUUUUUCAAAGCUAAUUGAGUUGGGUGUCCCAGAGAAAAAUUUUGGUGGCAAGCAACCCUUUGAAUUGAAAAACUUAGAUGAAGCUUGA